AGGGCGGGGUUUUCUUUUCCAUUCGUUCUUGGCGCACUUCUUGAUUCUUUCUUCCGACGGGUUUUCUGCAUUUCCCUCCCGUAAUCACAUAGAAAAAAGAAGAGCCGCUCCAGGAGAGGGAGGAGAGGCGGGGGAGAGACGGAGAGUCCGGGAAGGAGAGCGCGAGGGAUCGAAGGCGUAAACGUAGCUGUAGAAGCGAGCGUGGGCUGGGAACUGACGCAGGGACAAGAGAGAUAGGGAGGGGCAGGGUGAGUGGGGAAGGAUGUCGCUUCUGAGGCCCCCUCCUUUGCCGGUUCGCCUUAUCGCUCAUCGUUUCAUGAGGCCUGCAUCCCUCUCGUUUCGGUCGUGCAUCAUUGCCUCCACCCUUAAUACCAGCACUAGAUUAAAAUAUGGAAGGGUUCCGAGUUUGUUUACGACAAGAAGUGUCCAUGCGAGUAGAGCUUUCAUGUCUUCAAGUAUAUCUACCGAAGCUUUUCAAGAGAUGCGGAACACGACAGCAUAUGGGUCAGAGCAAAUUCAGGUACUGGAGGGCUUGGAGCCGGUACGGAAACGACCAGGAAUGUAUAUUGGAAGCACUGGUCCUCGUGGGUUGCAUCACUUGGUUUAUGAAAUAUUGGAUAAUGCCAUUGAUGAAGCCCAGGCAGGUUUUGCAUCAAAGAUAGAUGUUCUUUUGCAUGCAGAUAAUUCUGUAAGCAUCACUGAUGAUGGGCGUGGGAUUCCUACUGAACUACAUCCUACUACAAGGAAGUCUUCCUUAGAGACUGUCUUGACGGUGUUACAUGCUGGAGGCAAAUUUGGUGGUUCAAGUAGUGGAUAUAGUGUUUCUGGGGUGCAUGGUGUUGGCUUAUCUGUUGUAAAUGCAUUGUCUGAGGCUUUAGAGGUUACGGUUUGGCGGGAUGGAAAACAAUAUCAACAGACUUAUUCACGGGGAAAGCCAAUAACAGCUCUUGAUACCGUCCAGCUUGCACCUGAAUCAAGUACUCGUCAAGGAACACAAAUAAGAUUUUGGCCAGAUAGAGAAGUGUUUACUACAGAGAUCCAGUUUGACUAUAACACCAUUGCUGGACGUAUUAGAGAACUUGCUUUCUUAAAUCCUGGGCUGGGAAUCACAUUGACAAAAGAGGACAUUGAUCCAACAAAGGGACAAUCUAAUGAGUACUGCUAUGCUGGUGGGUUGGUUGAGUAUGUGAAGUGGCUGAAUAAUGACAAAAAACCUAUUCAUGACAUUGUGUCUUUCACUAAAGAAGUGGAUGGAAUUACCAUUAGUGUAGCUCUUCAGUGGUGUGCAGACGCAUAUGCAGAUACCGUGUUGGGCUAUGCAAAUAGUAUCAGGACAAUUGAUGGUGGCACCCAUAUAGAUGGUCUCAAAGCCUCAUUGACAAGAACACUCAAUAACCUUGGGAAAAAGUCUAAGAUCAUUAAGGAAAAGGAUGUGACUCUAAGUGGUGAACAUGUACGAGAAGGAUUAGCUUGUGUCAUCGCUGUCAAAGUUCCGAGUCCAGAAUUUGAAGGCCAGACUAAGACAAGGUUAGGCAAUCCCGAAGUGCGAAAAGUGGUUGAUCAAGCCGUCCAUGACUACCUGACUGAGUACCUAGAGUUGCAUCCGGAUGUCCUGGACUUGAUUCUUUCAAAGUCCCUCAAUGCUUUGAAGGCGGCUUUGGCAGCUAAAAAGGCAAGAGAAUUAGUGAGGACAAAAAGUGUCCUGAAAUCAUCUUCUCUUCCUGGGAAGCUUGCAGAUUGCUCUGCUACAGAUCCUGAAGAAUGUGAGAUCUUUAUAGUUGAGGGUGAUUCUGCUGGAGGAAGUGCUAAGCAAGGUCGUGAUAGAAGAUUUCAGGCAGUUCUGCCAUUACGAGGUAAAAUUUUGAAUGUUGAGCGUAAAGAUGAUGCAGCAAUGUAUAAAAAUGAAGAAAUUCAGAAUCUCAUUCUUGCAUUGGGCCUCGGUGUGAAGGGAGAAGAAUUUAAGAUAGACACCCUUCGCUACCACAAGAUCAUUAUUCUGACUGAUGCUGAUGUUGAUGGAGCUCACAUCCGUACUCUUCUUCUGACUUUUUUCUUCAGAUACCAGAAAGCUCUUUUUGAAGAAGGUUGCAUCUACGUUGGAGUUCCACCACUUUACAAGGUGGAACGUCGCAAACAAGCUUACUACUGUUACAGUGAAGAGGAGUUAAGAAAGCUGCAAACUUCUUUGUCACCUGAUACCCCUCUUACUAUUCAGAGGUUCAAGGGUCUGGGGGAGAUGAUGCCAGCACAACUGUGGGAAACUACUCUUGAUCCGGAAAGAAGGAUGCUAAAGCAGUUGGUUGUUGAAGAUGCUGCAGAGGCAAAUCAUGUGUUUUCUGCACUUAUGGGUAAUAGGGUGGAUGCUCGGAAGGAGCUUAUCCAGGUCAAUGCAGGUUCAGUUGACCUAGGCAGCCUGGAUAUAUGAGGCUGCAUAUAUGAGACCAGUUUUAGAAAAAUGUGUACACUUACAACCUUACAAAAGAGUUGGGGUUCCUGAUACAGAGCUAUGUUGAUCUGAAGAGCAUGGGCCUUGGCCAUGGUGGAUUGGAGCUCCAGUUUGCUGAGUUUUUUGGUUUGUGGGCGGGGGCCGGGCUGGUAGGCUGCCCCUUCUUGAUUUGUGUGAUCUCAAAUGGUCUUCAUAGCUUAAUGACGUACUUGUUGAUUUAUUUUAAUUUAUGUUGGUCUGCGGCUUCAGUUGUUUAUCUCAAGGUGUUUCCAUACAUUCAAAGGGAAGCGGUUGAUCCUGUGAGUUUCAUGUUGCAGCUUAGCCGCCUUUGCACCAAAAGCGAAGGCUGUGCAAAAUAGAGGCAUAUUUGUUGUACUAAAUUAUACAAAUAGUGGAAAGUGCGCUUCUUGUGCCGGGAA